AUGCUGCACAUCUGGAAAGCUUCGGGAGAGGAGCUUGCUACAGUUCCAGUCGAGGAGUUCGACGUGCUGAGUCUCAAGCAACAUCUGCAGCCGCUUUGUGGCGCAUCACGGUUCAGACAGCGGCUUCUACACGGCGAGGAGAAUUUGAGCGAUGAUAUUAGGCUGGACGCGCCCAUGGACCUGCAGCUGGUUCUGCUACCCUUCAUCGAUGCCACGGAUGAAGAGGGGAUAUUGUUUGUGGAGGCUGCAGCCCGUGGGUUGGUAUCCCAGGUUGAAGAGAUGUUGCAGCGACCCCAGAGUCCUGACGCAACGAAUUGGGAUGGCACAACAGCUUUAAGAGAUGCGGCUAUGCAGGGAUCGGUGGACAUGACACGAUUGCUGCUAGCAUCAGGCGCCAGCCAAAAUGUCUGCGACUACAAUGGCCGAAGCCCUCUGUGGGCAGGAUGCUUCCAAGGACAUGUGGCAAUCGUACAGCUCUUGCUUACAGCGCGUGCUGACAAAGAGACGCCUGCCAACAAUGGCGACACGCCUUUGUGGGCAGCGCUGCACCAUGACAGGUUGGACAUCGCAAAGUUGUUGCUAGAAGCUGGGCCGGAGAGGGAAAAGCGCGACGCUGAUGGGGUUUCACUGCUGGGAUAUGCAUCCAUGAAGGGCCAUAUCGACAUCGCACGCCUGUUGCUGGAAGCAGGCGCGAACUUGCGAGCCCGUGACAAAAUGGGCAUGACGCCUCUCUUUGCAGGGAGUUUCUAUGGGCACGUGGAGAUUGUGCAGCUGUUGCUGGCGGCCCGUGCCGACGCUGGGUUCUUCUUUGGCAUGCUUCUAGCCAAUUUGCAGGGCGUGUUUCCAUUUGAAAGUUUUUAG